CGCCUUUUCUUUUUUAGCUUCUUUCGUUUUUGUUUUCUUCAUUCGAGUAAAUACUAUUUUACUAGUUUUACUUUUUGGAUCUUCAGAAUGAGUAACGAUCCAAAUUUUCCAGUUUCCAUUGGUGGAGUUCCUUCGCCAUACUCUCAACAUUAUGAUCAAUACGCAUACGAAGCAAAUCAAUAUUCUGAAAAAAGUGAACAAGAUAAACUAAAAGAAAAGGCAAGAAAAUGGCAACAAUUACAGAAUAAACGUUAUGGUGAAAAGAGAAAGUUUGGCUUUAUUGAACACGAAAAGUCAGAUAUGCCACCCGAGCAUUUGAGAAAGAUCAUCAAAGAUCACGGUGAUAUGACAGCAAAGAAAUUCAGACAUGACAAACGUAUUUAUCUUGGUGCUCUUAAAUAUGUUCCUCAUGCCGUAUUAAAAUUGCUGGAAAAUAUGCCUAUGCCUUGGGAACAAGUUCGAGAAGUGAGCGUAUUAUACCAUAUCACAGGCGCAAUCACUUUUGUAAAUGAAAUCCCUUGGGUUAUCGAACCUGUCUAUAUCGCACAAUGGGGUGCUAUGUGGAUUAUGAUGCGUCGAGAAAAGCGUGACAGAAGGCACUUCAAGCGUAUGCGUUUUCCACCAUUUGAUGAUGAAGAACCUCCUCUUGAUUAUGGUGAUAACAUUAUGGAUGUCGAACCACUUGAAGCCAUUCAAUUGGAAUUAGACGAAGAAGAAGAUAGUGCAAUCUAUGAAUGGUUUUAUGAUAAUAAGCCUUUGUUAGAUACAAAGUAUGUCAACGGUUCAACUUACCGUAAAUGGCGUUUGGACUUGCCCAUCAUGUCAGCCUUGUAUCGUAUGGCACAUCAACUUUUAUCUGACCUGACCGACAAAAACUACUUUUAUCUCUUUGACUUGAAGUCAUUCUUCACAGCCAAAGCUUUAAAUAUGGCAAUUCCCGGUGGUCCCAAGUUUGAGCCUCUCUAUCGUGAUUUGGAUACUGCGGAUGACGACUGGAACGAAUUUAACGAUAUCAACAAGAUUAUUAUUCGUCAACCCAUUCGUACCGAAUAUAAAAUUGCUUUCCCUUUCUUGUAUAACUCUCUUCCUCGCAGUGUUCACGUCUCUUGGUAUCACUAUCCUGCGGUUGUGUACAUUCGCAGUGAAGAUCCUGAUCUUCCAGCGUUCUAUUUUGACCCCAUCAUCAACCCUAUAUCCUCUCGUACCCUUCAUGGUGCAGGUACUAAACACGAAGACGAAAUAUUCGGUGAUGAAGAAGAGGACACCGAGUUUAAGUUGCCUGAAACUGUUGUUCCCUUCUUGGCUGAUACCGAUCUUUAUACUGACAACACUGCAAGUGCCAUCGCUCUUUACUGGGCACCACACCCAUUUGAUAAAAGAUCAGGUAGAACGCGUCGUGCUCAAGAUGUUCCUUUGGUCAAGAACUGGUAUCUUGAACACUGUCCACCAAAUCAACCGGUGAAAGUCCGUGUGUCUUAUCAAAAAUUACUCAAAUGUUAUGUAUUAAAUGCUCUCAGACAUCGACCUCCCAAGGCGCUCAACAAAAAGUAUCUCUUCCGCAGCUUGAAGUCUACUAAAUUCUUCCAAACUACACAAAUUGAUUGGGUUGAAGCUGGUUUGCAAGUCUGUCGUCAAGGCUACAAUAUGCUGAACUUGCUGAUUCACCGUAAAAACUUGAAUUACCUCCAUCUGGAUUACAAUUUCAAUUUGAAGCCUGUUAAGACACUGACAACCAAGGAAAGAAAGAAGUCCCGUUUUGGUAACGCCUUCCAUCUGUGUAGAGAAAUUCUGCGUCUGACAAAACUUGUUGUUGAUGCUCAUGUUCAAUAUCGUCUUGGUAAUGUCGAUGCCUUCCAAUUAGCCGAUGGUCUUCAGUAUAUAUUUGCUCACGUUGGUCAACUUACUGGUAUGUAUCGUUACAAGUACCGUUUGAUGAGACAAAUUCGUAUGUGUAAAGAUUUGAAGCACUUGAUCUAUUACCGUUUCAACACUGGUCCUGUCGGUAAGGGUCCUGGUGUCGGUUUCUGGGCUCCCGGUUGGAGAGUAUGGCUUUUCUUCAUGCGUGGUAUUGUACCUCUUCUUGAACGUUGGUUGGGUAACUUGCUCGCUCGUCAAUUUGAAGGUCGUCACUCGAAGGGUAUCGCAAAGACUGUGACCAAACAACGUGUUGACUCUCAUUACGAUUUGGAAUUGAGAGCUGCUGUCUUGCACGAUAUCAUGGACGCUAUGCCUGAAGGUAUCAAGGGUAAUAAGUCUCGUACCAUUCUUCAGCAUCUUUCUGAAGCUUGGAGAGCAUGGAAAGCCAAUAUUCCAUGGAAGGUGCCUGGUAUGCCUGCUCCUAUUGAAAACAUGAUUCUUCGUUAUAUUAAGGCCAAGGCUGAUUGGUGGACCAGUGUCGCUCACUAUAACCGUGAACGUAUCCGUCGAGGCGCUACAGUUGACAAGACCAUUUGUCGUAAGAACUUGGGUCGUUUAACUCGUCUUUGGCUCAAGGCUGAACAAGAACGUCAACAUAACUAUCUCAAGGAUGGUCCAUAUAUUACUGCUGAAGAAGCUGUUGCCAUUUAUACAUCUACUGUUCACUGGUUGGAAAGCAGAAAAUUCUCCCCUAUUCCUUUUCCACCUCUUUCUUACAAGCAUGAUACAAAGCUGUUGAUUCUUGCCUUAGAACGACUCCGUGAGGCUUACAGUGUCCAGGGUCGUUUGAAUCAGAGUCAAAGAGAAGAAUUGGGACUGAUCGAACAAGCGUAUGAUAACCCUCAUGAAGCAUUGUCUCGUAUCAAGCGACUUCUUUUAACUCAACGUGCUUUCAAGGAAGUAGGCAUUGAAUUUAUGGAUCUUUAUUCUCAUUUGAUUCCUGUGUAUGAUAUUGAGCCUCUUGAAAAGAUCACUGAUGCCUAUCUUGAUCAAUAUCUCUGGUACGAAGCCGAUAAACGUCAUCUCUUCCCUGCUUGGAUUAAGCCUUCUGAUUCUGAACCGCCCCCAUUGUUGGUCUACAAGUGGUGUCAAGGUAUCAACAACUUGACUGAAGUUUGGGAUACUUCUGAAGGACAAUGUAAUGUCAUGAUGGAAACUAGCUUCAGUCGUGUGUAUGAAAAAAUUGAUCUUACCUUACUUGGUCGUCUCUUACGUCUUAUCCUCGAUCACAAUCUUGCUGACUACGCCACAGCCAAGAACAAUGUUGUGCUCAACUACAAGGAUAUGAACCAUGUCAAUGCUUAUGGUUUGAUUCGUGGUCUUCAAUUUGCUUCAUUUAUUUUCCAAUACUAUGGUCUUGUUUUGGAUCUUUUGAUUUUGGGUCUUCAUCGAGCAAGUGAAAUGGCUGGUCCUCCUCAAUUACCUAAUGAUUUCUUGCAGUAUCGUGAUGUCGAAACGGAAACACGCCAUCCCAUCCGUCUUUACUCUAGAUAUAUUGACCGUAUCCAUAUCUUCUUCCGAUUCACUGCUGAUGAAGCUCGGGACCUCAUUCAGCGUUAUUUGACUGAGCAUCCAGAUCCAAACUUUGAAAAUAUUGUAGGCUAUAACAACAAGAAAUGCUGGCCUCGUGAUUGUCGUAUGCGUUUGAUGAAGCAUGAUGUGAAUUUGGGUCGUGCCGUCUUUUGGGACAUCAAGAACCGUCUUCCUCGUUCAUUGACCACCAUCGAAUGGGAGACCAGCUUUGUGAGUGUUUACUCAAAGGAUAAUCCAAAUCUCUUAUUCUCCAUGUGUGGAUUUGAAGUUCGUAUCUUACCCAAGGUCAGAAGCAUGACUGAAGAGUUCACCCUUAAGGAUGGCGUCUGGAACUUAAUUAACGAACAAACGAAGGAAAGAACAGCCCAAGCUUACUUAAGAGUCGAUCAAGAGUCUAUGGAUAGAUUCCACAACCGUAUCCGUCAAAUCUUGAUGGCAUCAGGUAGCACUACAUUUAGUAAGAUUGCCAACAAAUGGAAUACUGCCUUGAUUGGCUUGAUGACCUACUUCCGUGAAGCUGUUGUUCACACCCGUGAAUUACUUGAUUUGUUAGUCAAAUGUGAAAACAAGAUUCAAACCCGUGUCAAGAUUGGUCUUAACUCCAAGAUGCCUUCUCGUUUCCCUCCCGUUGUGUUUAUGACACCCAAGGAAUUAGGUGGUCUUGGUAUGCUUUCUAUGGGUCAUAUCUUGAUUCCUCAAUCUGACUUACGUUGGUCCAAGCAAACCGAAACUGGUAUCACUCAUUUCCGUGCGGGUAUGAGCCAUGAUGAAGAUCAAUUGAUUCCAAACUUAUAUCGUUAUAUCCAGUCCUGGGAAUCUGAAUUCAUUGACUCUCAGCGUGUAUGGGCCGAAUACGCCUUGAAGCGUCAGGAAGCCAAUGCUCAAAACAGACGUUUGACAUUGGAAGAUCUCGAAGAUUCUUGGGACCGUGGUAUUCCUCGUAUCAAUACUCUCUUCCAGAAGGACCGUCAUACACUUGCUUAUGAUAAGGGCUGGCGUGUACGUACGGACUUUAAGCAGUAUCAAGUAUUAAAGAACAAUCCAUUCUGGUGGACGCAUCAACGUCACGAUGGUAAACUAUGGAAUUUGAACAAUUACCGAACAGAUAUGAUUCAAGCACUUGGUGGUGUUGAAGGUAUCUUGGAACACACCUUAUUCAAGGGUACCUACUUCUCUUCAUGGUUGGGUCUCUUCUGGGAAAAGGCUUGUUUCGAUGGAGAGACUCCUCUCAUGCUUAGUGAUGGUAGUAUUAAGUUGGCUAAAGAUAUCACUACAAUGGAUACUCUUAUGGGUGAUGAUGGCAUGCCCCGUCAGAUUGUUGAAACUGUAGAAGGCAUCGCACCAUUAUAUGAGCUUCCCAACAACAAUGGUGAAACUUUGGUUGUCACAGGAAACCACAUUUUGUGUCUCAAGUCUUCUGCUCAUGCUUGUAGUGCUUGGUCUGCUGAUGAACAGUGUUGGACUGUGUACUGGUUUGAUAAAGAUCAUUCAAGUUGCUCUAAGCAAUUCGUGUACAAGGAAAACACUGAUAGUUACUACAAGACACCAGAGGCCGCCGAAAUAGCUGCCAAUGAUUUUAUGGCAUCACUUGAGAAUGACGAGUCCUGCCUUCCAAAGGGAACAAUCAUUGAAAUGACUGUUAGAGAGUUUUUGGACUUGCCCCAAUCAGCCAAGGCUAUGUGGUUCCUUUAUCGUACUGGUUUGGAUUUCCCUAAGAGAGAAGUCCAUGUUGAUCCUUAUUAUCUUGGUCUCUGGCUUGCUGAUGGCGAGCGUCGAAAUGCGAUCGCUACAAAUGAUCAUGAAAAGGAAACUGUUGAAUUCUUGUCUUGUUAUGCUGAUAAAUUGUCGAUGAAACUAGUUGGUAAAGACGGCUCUAUCUCCAACAGAAAGGUCAAGGAAGGCAAACUGGAGGAUACCACUGCUGACUUAUCAGUAUUCUACACGGACAUGACUGAAGCCGAAAAGCAACAAUAUAACAGCUUGAGAGAGUUGUUUAAGGAUCAAGAAACCUUGGAAUGUGCCUUGCAAGAGUCCAUUGUAUCUGACAAGGGAUCUGACUUGUUGCUUGAUGCCCUCAGAAAAUUAGGUGUUCCUGCAAGCCUUUCAGGAUGCGACAACUAUUCAAAGCGUAUUCCAAAGGAAUAUUUACUCAACUCAAGACAAGUUCGUCUUCAAAUCCUUGCAGGUUUACUCGACUCUGAUGGAACUUAUCACAGCGGCUCUCAUGAGUUCUGCUUUACGCAAUCUAAACGCUGGCAUGAACAGCUCUUCAAUGAUUUUGUCUGGCUUUCAAGAAGUUUAGGCUUCUAUACUACAUGUUCAUCAACCGUACAGACUCACAAGCUUCCUAACGGCGAAUACUAUACUGGAGAGUACUUGCAAGCUUACAUCAGUGGAUAUAUUGACGAAAUCCCUUGUUUGAUUCCUCGAGAGCAAGCUAGUGAAUGUGUUACAAAGGCUGAUCCUAUGGCCUCAUCCAUCAUUUUGGAGAAUGUUGCUAUUACUGCUCCAAAGAAAUACUAUGGUUUCAAGGUUGACGGCAACCAGCGUUUCUUGCGUGAAGACUUUAUGGUUUUGCACAAUUCAGGCUUUGAAGAAAGUAUGAAGUACAAGAAAUUGACCAAUGCUCAGCGUUCAGGUUUGAACCAGAUUCCUAACCGUCGUUUCACCCUUUGGUGGUCACCUACUAUUAACCGUGCUAAUGUCUAUGUCGGUUUCCAAGUCCAACUUGAUCUUACUGGUAUAUUCAUGCAUGGUAAAAUCCCCACAUUGAAGAUUUCUCUCAUCCAAAUCUUCCGUGCUCACUUGUGGCAAAAGAUUCAUGAAGCUCUUACUAUGGACUUUGCUCAAGUGUUUGAUCGUGAAUUGGAAGCUCUUCAAAUUGAAACAGUUCAAAAGGAAACUAUUCACCCUAGAAAGUCAUACAAGAUGAAUUCAUCUGCUUCUGACAUCUUGUUGUUUGCUGCCUACAAGUGGCCAGUUUCUCGACCUUCCUUGUUGAAUGAUCCUAGAGAUGUCAUGGAAGGCCCAACUACCACAAAGUACUGGCUUGAUAUUCAAUUAAGAUGGGGUGAUUAUGACUCUCACGACAUUGAAAGAUACACUCGUGCCAAAUUCUUGGACUAUACUACUGAUAACAUGAGCAUCUAUCCUUCUCCUACUGGUCUCAUGGUUGGUAUUGAUUUGGCUUACAAUAUGUACUCUGCAUAUGGUAACUGGAUUCCUGGUAUGAAGCCUCUUGUACAGCAAGCGAUGGCCAAGAUUAUGAAAGCCAAUCCUGCUCUCUAUGUUCUCCGUGAACGUAUUCGUAAGGCUCUUCAACUGUACUCAUCUGAACCUACUGAACCCUACUUGUCCUCUACCAACUAUGGUGAAUUAUUCAGCAACCAGAUUAUUUGGUUUGUUGAUGACACAAACGUAUACCGUGUUACUAUUCACAAGACAUUUGAAGGCAACUUGACUACAAAACCAAUCAACGGUGCCAUCUUCAUUUUUAACCCUCGUACUGGUCAAUUGUUCUUGAAGAUUAUCCAUACAUCCGUAUGGGCAGGCCAAAAGCGUUUGGGUCAAUUGGCCAAAUGGAAGACAGCAGAAGAAGUUGCUGCUUUGAUUCGUUCAUUGCCUGUUGAAGAACAACCCAAGCAGAUUAUUGUUACAAGAAAGGGUAUGUUGGAUCCUUUGGAAGUUCACUUGCUUGACUUCCCCAAUAUUGUUAUCAAGGGCAGUGAACUUCAAUUACCCUUCCAAGCAUGUCUGAAGGUAGAGAAGUUUGGUGACUUGAUUCUCAAGGCGACUGAACCUCAGAUGGUCCUGUUCAACCUGUAUGACGAUUGGCUAAAGACCUUCUCUUCCUACACUGCAUUCUCUCGUUUAGUAUUGAUCUUACGUGCCCUUCAUGUGAACAAUGAUAAGACCAAGAUGAUCUUGAGACCUGACCGAAGCACAAUUACCGAACCUCAUCACAUCUGGCCUACAUUAACUGAUGAAGAAUGGGCAAAGGUUGAAGUACAGUUGAAGGACUUGAUCUUGGCUGAUUAUGGUAAAAAGAAUAACGUCAAUGUUGCUUCUCUUACACAAUCCGAAAUCCGUGAUAUCAUUCUUGGUAUGGAAAUCCAAGCACCUUCCCUUCAACGUCAACAGAUUGCCGAGAUCGAAAAACAGACCAAGGAACAAUCUCAAUUGACAGCUGUUACAACUAAGACUCGUAAUAUCCACGGUGAUGAAAUGAUUGUGACUACUACAAGUAAUUAUGAACAAGCAACAUUCUCUAGCAAGACAGAAUGGCGUAUUCGUGCUAUUUCAGCUACCAAUUUGCACUUGAGAACUAAUCAUAUCUAUGUCAACUCUGACGACAUCAAGGAGAAUACUUACACCUAUGUCAUGCCCAAGAAUAUCUUGAAGCGCUUUAUCACCAUUUCUGAUUUACGUACCCAGAUUGCUGGUUUCAUGUACGGUGUCAGUCCUCCUGAUGCUCCUAAUGUGAAGGAAAUUCGCUGUGUAGUCAUUCCACCACAAUGGGGCACUCAUCAAACAGUUCAUCUUCCAAAUACACUUCCUGAGCAUGAACAAUUGGAUGACCUCGAGCCUUUGGGUUGGAUCCAUACACAACCUCAAGAACUGAUGAAUAUCUCUCCACAAGACGUUACCACACACGCCAAAUUAUUAGCCAACAAUAAGACCUGGGAUGGCGAAAAGACAAUCACGCUAACAUGCUCAUUCACUCCUGGUUCAUGUUCAUUGACUGCCUAUAAGUUAUCACCAGCUGGUUUUGAAUGGGGCAAGACCAAUGUUGAUCCUGGAAGUCAGCCUCAAGGCUACUUGCCUACUCAUGGUGAAAAGGUACAGAUCUUGUUAUCUGAUCGAUUCCUUGGUUAUUUCUUGGUACCUUCUGAUGUCUGGAACUAUAACUUUAUGGGUGCUCAAUUUAGUGCCAACAUGAAUUACAAACUUGUAUUGGAUGUACCCAAGGAGUUCUAUCAUGAAUCACAUCGUUCCGCUCAUUUUAUGAACUUUAGUAGUGAAACAGAGACUGCUGCAGAAGCAGAUAUUGAAGAUGCCUUUGCUUAAUUUUCAUUUUUUUUUUCCUUCUUCUUUUUAUCAAUAUUUAUAAAUAAAGCAUAUCUUGU